AUGAAGUUCUUCUCUCUGCACCUUCUCCUUUCCCUUGGCCUUCACCUUGCAACCAUCGUCACUGGCGAUAGCCAACUUCUAUACUUUGGCUUCACUGGCACUAACCUUACCGUCGAUGACACUGCUACAAUCACAUCGAACGGCCUUCUUGAGCUGACUAACGGCACAGCUAAUUGCAAAGGUCAUUCAUUCUACCCAACUCCAUUACACUUCCGUAGGUCACCCAAUGGUACUGUGCAGUCCUUCUCCGUCACCUUUGUGUUCGGCAUCCGCUCUAGCUACCUCAGCAUGACCCAACAUGGCUUGGCCUUCGUUAUCUCUCCAAGCAAGAACUUCUCAGAUGCAUUGCCAAACCAAUACUUAGGUCUCACAAAUACUAUGAAAAACGGCAGCCCAACCAUCCAUUUCUUUGCUGUUGAGAUUGACACCGCCCUAAACAUUGAGUUCCAAGACAUGAAUGCCAACCACGUAGGCAUAGACAUCAAUAGCCUCAACUCUGCAAAGUCCUACUAUGCAGGCUAUUAUGAUGAUAAGAGUGGUAGCUUCCAAAAUCUAAGUCUUAAUAGUGCUGAAGCAAAACAAGUAUGGGUGGAAUAUAGUGGAGAAGCAAAGGAAAUCAACGUGACCAUAGCUGCUGCCCUUGGAAUGGCGAAACCUGUACGGCCAUUGAUCUCAUACAACUAUGACCUCUCAGAAGUGUUGCAGGAGCCGUCAUACGUCGGCUUCUCAUCAUCAACAGGUGCAGUCGACUCACGCUCACGGCACUAUGUGCUCGGCUGGAGCUUCAGCAUAAACAGGCCAGCUCAAGUGAUUGACAUCACCAAACUACCCAAACUACCUCGUCAGGGCCCAAAGCCUCGACCAAUACUCUUGGAAGUCAUCCUACCGAUAGCAACUGCGACGUUCAUUAUUGUUUCAGGUUCCAUCACAAUUUUUGUUGUGAGGAGGCAGCUGCGGUACUCCGAGCUAAAAGAAGAUUGGGAAGUUGAGUUUGGGCCACAUCGGUUCUCAUACAAGGAUUUGUAUAAUGCCACCGAAGGAUUUAAUGGGAAGCACCUACUAGGUGUUGGAGGAUUCGACAAGGUAUAUAAAGGAGUGCUCCCAUCAUCUAAAUUAGAGGUUGCUGUGAAGAAGGUGUCCCAUGAAUCAAGGCAGGGUAUGAUGGAGUUCAUUGCUGAGGUUGUCAGCAUUGGCCGCAUUCGACACCGCAACCUUGUUCUGUUACUUGGCUAUUGCAGGAGAAAAGGUGAACUUCUUCUAGUAUAUGAUUACAUGUCAAAUGGUAGUCUUGAUAAGUAUUUGUACUAUGAUGAGUACAACACACUUAAUUGGGCUCAGAGGUUUCGGAUCAUCAAAGGCAUUGCAACAGGUCUUCUCUACCUCCAUGAGAAGUGGGAGAAAGUUGUCAUACAUCGUGAUAUCAAGGCAGGUAAUGUGCUUCUUGAUAGUGAAAUGAAUGGACGCCUAGGUGAUUUCGGUCUCGCAAGAUUGUACGACCAUGACACUGAUCUAUAGACCACACACGUUGUCGGUACCAUCGGAUAUCUAGCCC